UUGUGUGUGCUUUCCUUGCAGGGUACAACCCAGGAGUUGGAGGCCCGAGCUGUCCGCCUCGCUCUUUUCAGUGAGCCUGUGUUAUGAUUACAACUGACAGUGUGUACUUUGUGGCGAUAGACACACAGAGGCCCUGCGGCGCCAAACUAUUUUGUAAUUUACUGCUGAUUGCUGUCCAUGCAUGGCUCUUUUGUUCCCAGGGUGCAAGAGAUUUCAUUGCAUGCCUUUUACCUUCAUUCUUAUGUCUAUCCUUCACAGUAAGAAUUAUUUCCAUAAAAAUGUCCACUCUGCUCCACAGAGUAUAUUUUAAAACAUACAAACAUUGUGCAGGUAUAAUACAAGUGCAUCCCUGUGUAAUUUGCACGCAGUCAGCUGAUGGAGCUGUCUGAAGGAAGCCAAAGGCAUCAGGGGACGGCAGCCAUGUGACUGUGGGUGCAGGGAUUGGUUUAGUGCAGCUGUGACAUCAGCAAAAACCUCCCCUCUUACCGUUCCCUCCCCUCUCCCAUCACCCUCGCAGUCUUCCUCCCUCUCCUUUCCGCUCUGCGUUUCUUCUUUGCAUUUCCUCAGCAUCCCUCCUUUCACAAAUGGCGUGUGUUGGUGCUGCCACGGCGUCGGGGACUUAGCGUGCACUGAGAGGACCCCUCAUUCCAGGAUUUGCUGAAUACCCCCUCGGGUCUCUCUCUUUCUCUUACUCUCCCUUGCUGUCCUCCCCAGCUGCUGCCUUCCACCCCUCAACCCCCCUCCCCUCUUCUCUCAUCCCCGUGCAUGGGAGUUGGGCCUCUGGGGGAGGAGGGAGUCAACCUCUGUGCUUCGCCGGGGAGCCGUGCACAAUUGGCCAUGCCCUGCCCAGGCAUCUUUUGACCAACUGGAAGCAUUUCCACUUCUGUCCGUCCACACACCAGCGGCAGUGUAGGAUGAAAAUCUGGAACCAUGAUGCAAGGACUGAAAAACCGAACCAGGAAAGCCUUGGGCCUACGGAAAAAAGACAAGGAUGCAGAGACAACGAGCUCACCUGACAAAGAAGCAACUGGAAGUGGAAAGAAAGGAAACAAAAAGGCUAAUGGAGCGCCAAAUGGUUUCUAUGGGGAGUUUGACUGGGACCGAUAUGCAUCGCCUGACGUUGAUGAGGAGGGUUUCAGCCUCCGCCCCGGUGAUGAAGGCGAUGCAGCUUCCAAAGGAAAGCACUUUUUCUCUUCCAGCGAUUCAGAGGACGAUGAAGAAAGCAGGAAAAAGUUCAAAAUUAAGAUCAAGCCACUGGUAGCGGAAAGCGCCAAGUGUGUCCCUCCAUCUGUGGAUGAGCUGAAAGCCUCAGUGGGAGGCUUGUCGCUUUCUCCGUCUCUGGUGAGUGGACCCUUGAAGAACACCCUGCAACUUUUUAAUGAAGGACACUUAAAGACUUCAGCUUUUGUUUUUCUCGCUUUUUUUUGUAUUCUUUUUUUUUUUGUGAUUUCCUGUCAUCUUGUAGAGGAGAAGUCCGGUCUGUUCUCUCUUCCUUUUUGCUGGUCUCAGAGACGCAGCCCGGGACAGAUAAAAAGGAACCUGUCAUGUGAAGAAAUUGCUCGACCCAGACGCUCUACCCCCACGCCAAGUCCUGCCCCUGAGACCCCGAGUGACAGGCUACCACAGAACAUCCCUGCCUUCUUUGGCCUGCCUUCAGAGACCCAAUAUAUACCCAGAUAUGAUGUGGUUCCUGCUGACGUCUGGGGAGGAUCAAGACCAAGGUCAGAAUCGCCUUUGAGCAGAAGUUUUCCAACAGGAGCUCCUCCCCCGCUCCCUCCUAAAAACGUUCUAUCACGGAGUCAAGGAUAUCCUUCGCAGUCUUUUGCUGAUUUACCCAACGGAAGGGCAACUCGCAAUUCUGCCCCCAUCUACCUAAAUGUCCUGUCCCCCUCCUCUUACCGAGGCUCCCCAGCCCCUGACCUUGAUGAUGUGUUUGGCCCCGUGGGCAGCCCACACGCCGGUAGUGAGGACACCAUGUCCAGCAGAUGGGUUACUUUCACUAAUGACAGACCUCCACCACCUGAUGAGCCCGCUCCGCCCCCUCCGCCCGAUUCCCCUGCCCCAGACACGCCCUCGUCCACACCCUCCACACCCUGCCUAUCACCUGGACCACCUCCCAAUGAGCCCCCGCCUUCACCUCCAGUGUUCUCUCCCGGGUCUCCUCCACCUUUCACCCCACUGGACUCACCCCCCUCCAUCAUGCUUGGACCUCCUCCACCGGAUGAACCAGCCCCUCCCCUGCCACCUGACUUCUCUCCCUCAAGUUCACCAGCAGUCUGCCUUGAUGAGGAUUCGAUUGAUGAGGAGGUGCUUCAGUUUGCACAUUACUCAUCGUCCCCAGCCCCGAUCAGCCCUGUGCCUCCUCUGCCAGCGGAGCGGAGGUCCCCACGAGCAGGCGGUAUAUCUCCCCUGGCUUUGGGAGCGGUGGGGGGAAAGAGAACUCCAGAGGGAGUGCACCUGAGAGAUGACGUCCCAGACUUCACAGGUUCCCCUAGGGAGCUGACACCGAGCUUCCGUGGAACGCCACCUCCUCUUCCUCCAACUACAUACAGAUCUAUUAUGUCUUCCCCCGGGCCUUACUCAGGCAGCUGCCCCUCUUCUCCAGCCCGAUCUGCCACGCCACAGUCGCGGGGCAGUCCGGUCCCUCCACUUCCUCCCCCGCGGCCAUCCUCGCGGCCAAAGUUGCCCCCAGGAAAACCGAUCGCAGACCUGACUCGACCCUUCAGUCCACCGGUGUCUGGUAGCCCUCCACCCUUUGCCCCACUGGCUCGGGCUGAGAGCUCCUCCUCCAUCUCCUCCAUAACCUCCCAGAGUGCAGCGUCCACACCUACCUUAGGGAGGGAUCUCAACCUAUCAGAGGCCUCACAGCCCCUGGUCUGGUUUGACCAUGGCAGGUUUUAUUUAGCUUUGGAGGGCUGUUCAAGAGGACCCAGCCCACUUACAAUGGGACCCCAAGACACUCUGCCAGUGGCAGCUGCCUUCACAGAAACUAUCAACGCCUAUUUCAAAGGCGCGGACCCCAGCAAGUGUGUAGUCAAGAUCACAGGGGAAAUGGUGCUCUCCUUCCCUGCAGGCAUCACCAGGCACUUUGCCAACCACCCAACUCAACCCAUCCUCAUCUUUAGCAUCAGCAAUUAUACCCGACUGGAGCAGGUCCUCCCCAAUCCACAGCUGCUGUGUUGUGAUUCCCCAACAGACAAUGUAGACAGUAAGGAGUUUUGGGUGAAUAUGCCCAACUUGAUGAGCCAUCUCAAGAAAGUGGCUGAGCAGAAGCCCCAGGCAACAUACUACAACGUGGAUAUGAUCAAAUAUCAGGUGUCAGCAGACGGGAUCCAGUCCACUCCUCUCAAUCUGGCUGUGAGUUGGCGUGGUGACGCCGACAACACGGACCUUCGAAUAGACUACAAAUACAACACAGAGGCGAUGGCAACCCCCGUGCCGCUACACAACGUCCACUUCCUGGUUCCUGUGGAUGGAGGCUUGGCUAAACUCCAAGCGAUGGUCCCACCUGCCACCUGGAAUCCAGAGCAGCAGACGAUACAGUGGAAGAUUCCCAGCCUUUCUAACAGGUCUGAAAAUGGAGGAGUUGGGGCUCUCCUGGGCCGGUUCCAGAUGACAGCGGGUCCGAGUAAACCCUCCCAGCUGGCAGUUCACUUCACCAGUGAGGGGAGCACACUGUCUGGCUGUGACAUCCAGCUGCUUGGGACUGGAUACCGCCUAUCCCUGAUCAAGAAGAGGUUCGCUGCAGGGAAGUAUUUGGCAGAUAAUUAGUGGACCUUCCUGUGCAUGGAAACAAGAGUAUCUGUGGCUUUUGACUGUGAAGACAAUGAAUCCACCCUCUCUUUAGGAUAUUUUAACAACAUAAUCAGUAGGAUAACUGCUGCUGAGUUUAUGCAAUUUGAUAACAACAUUUAGUUUAUACACUUUAAAUGAUUCCUGGCAACUCUGAACUUGGUGGAUUCAAUACAGUACUCUUUCCAAUGACUUUUGACUUGAUUGUCAUUGUAAAUUUGCUGUAAAAGACGAUAGAUUAUAUAUUAUGAGCGCAAUCUUAUGGUGGAAGAUGUACAAAAAAUGUGUAUAAUAGAGUUACUUCCCCACGUUAAAUUAUAGGUCAUAAAAUCACAUUUUUACUGCCAUUUUGAAUGAUUUGUCUUUGUCAUUGUCUGAGCAAGGGACUGUUUUUGUUUUGUUUUGUUUUGUUUUUUUUUACUUUUUUUUGCAAAAAAAUGUUUUUGCAGCACAAAAGAUAUUUUUUUGUUUUUAUCUACUUCUCUGAAACCUAAUCGGGCCCUUCAAUUUGAUGAUGUAUGACAGGGAUGUUACCAUUGUGUGUUAAAACUAGAAUUAAUGAGAACAUUUGAGAACUCUGUAUUUCUUUACAGAGAAAGAAUAUACUUGCAAACAAAUCCACAUUAAGUUUGGAUUUAUUUUAAGUUUAUUUUUUUAUUUCAUUUUUGUAGUAUUUAAUAAGGCACAGUGUUGCGAAAGUGUUUGCCCCUUCCUGAUUUAUUUUUUUUUUAUGUUUAUCAUACUUAAAUGUUUCAGAUCAUCAAACAAAUUGAAAUAUUAGUCAAUGACAACACAACUGAACACAAAAUGCAGUUUUUAAAUGAAACUUUUUGUUAUUAAGGGAGAAAAAAGCCAAACCUACAUGGCCCUGUGACUGCCCACCCUGUUAAAACAUAACUUAACUGAGAUUCAUUGAAUCUGUCAGUCUGGAAAAGGUUAUAAAUCCAUUUCUAAAGCUUUGGGACUCCAGCGAACCACAGUGAGAGACUAUCCACAAAUGACGUAAACAUGGAACAGUGGUGAAACUUCCCAGGAGCGGCUGGCCAACCAAAAUUACCCCAAGAGCGCAGCGCCGACUCAUCCAAGGGGUCGCAAAAGACCCCACAACAACAUCCAAAGAACUGCAGGCCUCACUUGCCUCAGUUAAGGUCAGUGUUCAUGACGCCACCAUGAGAAAGACACUGGGCAAAAACGGCCUGCAUGGCAGAGUUCCAAAACGAAAACCACUGUUGAACAAAAACAACAUUAAGGCUUGUCUCAAUUGUGGAAGAAAACAUCUUGAUGAUCUCCAAGACCUUUGGGAAAAUACUCUGUGGUCUGAAGAGAGUCGAACUUUUUGGAAGGUGUGUAUCCCAUUACAUCUGGCCACAUUUCAGAAAAAGAACAUCAUACCAACAGUAAAAUAUGGUGGUGGUAGUGUGAUGAUCCGGGCCUUUUUUGCUGCUUCAGGAGCUGGAAGACUUGCUGUAAUAAAUGAAACCAGUAAUUCUGCUGUCUACCAAAAAAUCCUGAAGGAGAAUGUCCUGAGAAUGUCCUGAAUCCUAUUGAGAUGCUGUGGCAUGAUCUUUAAAAAGGCGCUUCAUGCUGGAAAACCCUCCAAUGUGGCUGAAUUACAACAAUUCUGCAAAAAUGAGGGUGCCAAAAUUCUCAACUCAUUGCAAGUUAUCACAAACGCUUGAUUGCAGUUGUUGCUGCUAAGGGUGGCCCAACCAGUUAUUAGGUUUAGGGGGCAAUCACUUUUUCACACAGGGCCAUGUAGGCUUGGAUGUUUUAUUUUCCCUUAAUAAUAAACAUUUUCAUUUAAAAACUGCAUUUUGUGCUUAGUUGUUGGAUGAUCUGAAACAUUUAAUUGUGAAGAAAUCAGGAAGGGGAGGGGGCAAACACUUUUUCACACCAAUGAAAUAAAAAAAUGUUUUAUUUUCAUAAGUUGAUUAAGUCAUAUUUGGAAAAACAUGCAUUUUAAAGUGAUUUCCGGUAAUUCAGCUGCAAUACCAGUGUGCAAUACCCCGAAAAAACACUUCAUAUUACCCAUAAGGCUGUGUGUGAUUGGUGACAUAUUAUUUUCCUCUCUGUGGUUGUUGUCUAAACGAGCCUUAAGAUCAACACGGGCCGAGUGCCGUGUGCUGGAGAAAUGAGGUUUGAAUUAAUUUAAAGAUUACUAUUGGGGGAGCAGGAGUUUCAUGCUGCUUGAUAACUUGGCCGUGGUCUUUGCUGACCGGCGGACGUCAAAAAGUGAUGAAGUGUGCAACAGAAGACAGGCUGUUUCAUUUUCUUUCAUGUCCACCCUGUUUAUGUUUUAUGUAUGUUUAUUUUCUAACAGCAAUAUAUAAAGAUUUAAGUGUAAAAAGUAUAGAUUAAGAGCUACGUUAAAAAAAAAAAAUUCUCUUCCUCUCAUAUGGAUAUGUGUUUGUGGUUGUUUAUUGGUGUCAUAAGGCAUUAGGUUGUACGGAGCAGCACCAUUUCUCUUCACCUAUUGUUUCCCCAUGUGGGUUUCGUGUACAACAACAACAACAAAUAAGUGUUACUGUUGAUGAAUAACUCCAGUGCCGCAUGAAAUCUGCAUUCGCCCUUCACUGGUUGUUUCAGUGUAAUGCAAACUCCUCCGUGUCAGUAAGGUCAUGAUACAGCGUGUGCUAUUGUAUAAUCAUGUAAUGACAUCAUCUCAACCCCACACCCUGGUUCCAUAUGAAGAACUGUAUUGGGCAUGCAGUCAUAAAUGUUGCCACUUUUACAAAACAAUUUCAUGCAUUUCUAUUGCAUUGCUUUGUGUAAAUCAUCCCAUGUUUAUCAGUUUCUCAGUUAAGGCCUGGGUGUAAUAGAGCAAUCAAAUCGUUUCUGUAUUCUUUGCCUUGUGUUUGAGAAUACUGACUGUGGCUAUUUUUUUAACGGCUGUACUUCUUUAACACACAGAAUAUGCAAACAUUUAAUGUACAUUUCCCAUCCAAAGAUUUGCAGAGUAAAUAUGUGGAAGAAGUCAGUUCAGUGUAAUACCUGUU